AUGACUAUAAUGGAGACAAACAAGACUCUGGUGACUUCGUUUCUUCUCACAGGACUUACAGAUUGUCCAGAGCUCCGAAUCCCCCUGUUCUUGGUGUUCUUGGUGAUCUACCUCAUCACCAUGGUGGGGAACCUUGGACUGAUUGCUCUCGUCUGGAAGGAGCCUCAUCUUCACACCCCCAUGUACUUAUUCCUAGGCAGCUUAGCCUUUGCAGAUGCUUGUACUUCAUCUUCUGUGACACCCAGAAUGCUUGUUAACAUGUUAGACAAGUGUCACAUUAUAUCACUUUUUGAGUGCAUGGCCCAAUAUUAUUUUUUUGGUUCCAGUGCAACUACUGAAUGUUUCCUCCUGGUAGUGAUGGCCUAUGACCGCUAUGUGGCCAUAUGUAACCCCUUGCUUUAUCCAGUGGUGAUGUCCCACAGGUUGUGCACUUUGUUGAUGAGCAUUUCAUAUGUAAUAGGUUUUUUGCAUCCUAUAGUUCAUAUAGGAUUAUUAUUUAGAUUAACCUUCUGUAGGUCCAAUAUAAUACAUCAUUUCUACUGUGAAAUCUUGCCACUAUUUACAAUUUCUUGUACUGACCCAUCUAUUAAUGCAUUGGUGGUUUUUAUUUUUGCCACUGUUAUACAGGCUUUUACUUUUAUGACCAUCAUAGUCUCUUAUACCCGUGUCCUUUUUGCCAUCCUGAAAAAGAAGCCUGAAAAGGGCAGAAGCAAAGCUUUCUCCACAUGCAGUGCCCAUCUGCUCUCUGUUUCCUUGUUCUAUGGCACUCUCUUUUUCAUGUAUAUACGUCCUGGGUCUGGCCCAGAUAAAUAUCAGAAUAAAAUGUAUUCACUGUUUUACACAAUUAUAAUUCCCCUGUUAAACCCAUUUAUUUACAGUCUAAGAAACAAAGAAGUUUUAGGUGCAUUGAAAAAAGUGGUAAAGAAAUAA